GAAUAGCAUUCAGUUUCAGUGUAGAAUAACACAGGAAUAUUGUUGAGGAUACAAACACGUAUCUAUCAUGUUCUUUCUUGUCUAAAGCUGUAUUUGCAAUCUUCGCUCAGUAAAAUGGGCAUCAUAGACAAGGCAGUUUCAGCAUAUCUUACUGUGGUACACGCGCUGUCACUGCUCAGGCCUGGAGGUAAGAGACAGAGCGGCCAGACAAAGCUGAACGUUACGGUACACGAGGGCAACGUUAAUCGCCAGAGUCAGGGCAAGUAUCUGGUAACAAUGCGCCACGGCAAGAAAAAGGUACAAACUGACAAGAAAAAAUUCUACUGAGUUCAUGCCAUGGUCACCAACAGAGGAACUGGUCCUUAAACUGCGAAAGGCGAAACGGUGCAAGGACAAAACCAUCGGUGAGCUCUGCAUCUCUGUCGCAGCCGGACUAGAGUCAGUGGAAGGUCUACCUAACAAACGGUGGUACGGCUUGGGAACUACGCAGAAAGUCAGGCGGAAGAAGAACGAGACAUUCUUACAGGUGUCGGUUUCUGUCGACGGCCAGGGAAUGAAAACUGACACAUUGAACAGAGGUCGUGCGUCGGGGCCACCGGAAGGGAGUGACAGCCGACCACGUGGGGGUGGUGGGAGGAACAUGGUACUCGAAGUACUGGAGGAGGAGAUGGAGAGGACACUGGGUGUCAAUAUGAAGACUGACUUCGUGAAUUGUGAAGUUCCUUAUGGGGGCGUCUUAUUCAUCAACAAUGCCAUUCCGCACAGAAGUCUCCUGAAUAAAACGGAACAAAUCCGCUGGAGCCUAGAUCUGCGUUGGCAGGACACUGACAAGCCUAGCGGAUUUUGGGAGAAGCGCAGGCCUGUUCUGAUGCGCACCGCCAAGGAUGGUGAUGAAGUGGACGAGUUUGACACGACUGUGCACGGGCCGUGGCUGACCCGCUGGCUGAUCGGGCGCCACAAUCGCCACACGAGAGUGCCGAUUCUUCAGAAGGGCGACAUCUAGGAGGGCAGAGAUUUCCAUUGGUGUCAUGUGCCCUCUGGGGGUCGUGACCACGUGCAAGCAACAUUGUCAAACAAGCAGGAGAAGGAAGAAUCUAGGGUGUCAAAUGGAGAAUAGAGAAACAAACGUGGUACUUUA